AUGCGUGAAUUGGAUCCAGUUGGAAGAGCACUUCGUUGGCGGGGAGCAAUUCGCAGAAGAAAUUACAAUGUGGAUUGUGCAAAUGCUCUGUGGCACAUCGACGGGAACCAUAAAAUGAUUCGCUGGCGAAUGGUGGUUCAUACAUCCAUUGAUGGCUACUCCAGGUUGAUACCAUAUUUAAGCUGUGCUACUAACAACAAAGCAAACACAGUUUUAGAAUUAUUCCAAGAUGCAUGUCGUUCAUAUGGAUUACCUUCAAGAGUGAGAUGUGAUCAUGGACUUGAAAACGUGGGUGUUGCUCGAAUGAUGUUGGAGUGCCGUGGAACAAACAGGGGAAGUAUCAUCACAGGUGCUUCAGUUCACAACCAACGAGUUGAAAGGCUUCAUAGAGAUGUUACUACUGGUGUUCUAAAGGCUUAUAUUGAUCAAUUUAACAUGAUGGAACGUUCGGGUCUUCUUAAUCCUGCCAAUGAGGUACAUCUUCUUGCACUACAGCUUGUUUUUGUCACAGUCAUUAAUCAGUCCUUACAAGAGUUUGUUAAUCAAUGGAAUCACCAUGGAAUCAGUACUGAAGGAGGGCUAUCGCCUUUGCAACUUUGGUCAGAAAGCAUUGUAAGAUGUGCAACACAAAGCAACUCAACUUUAGACAAUGUACUAUCAAGCAAUGAAGUUGAAUCAUAUGAAAUAGAAGCACGUGAUGAAAUUGAAAAUGUAGCUGGUGUGGUUGUACCUGAAACAACACUAAAUUUAACUGAAGAUCAGUUUGCCUAUAUUGCAGCUUUAGCAAGUCAAAACAACAACUUAUUUGACAAAGUUCACACGUACAUGCAUGUUGUGAAUGCCAUUAACGCAAUGUUUUAAGAAUUUUUAGAAGA